AUUGGUGUUAUAAAUAUGAAUGCACAAAGCACAGGUAUCAUUUCACCAAAUGCUUCUGUGCAACUCGAACGUAAGGCGGUAGUGAUGAAGAAUAAAAAGUUGAAUUUUAAGGAAUUUGUACUAUGUGUUGCGGUGACUGUAGUGCUUACAAAAAUAGUGCACGUAAAAUCAGAACAUCAACAGUCAUUACAAAAGCAAAGUAAUCACUACGAUAGUGAUACUAAGUUUAUAAAAGCUCGGACAAGUGAAAAAGCUAACCACAUCCAUUUAAACAAAAACGAUGACACGGCAUCAAAGCUGAAUAUUGGAGCACCAUACUACUAUCAAAGAAACAUAACGAAUCCAAGAAAAACCAAAUCGCCAACGGUUGAAUUAGAAAAUGCUAGAAAAGAUAGUUCGGGAAUUAAAACUACGACAGAAGAUUCAACACCGAUUCCUGAGGAAUCUUCCACUAUCCCCCAGGACACAACUAAUGAUCCUGAAGGGAGCACCACAAGUGAAGACGACACAACUGUUACAACCGAGACGACCACCGAAAAAACUGAGGAUGAUACUACGGUAGAAGAUUCAACACCGAUUCCUGAGGAAUCUACCACUGUCCCCCAGGACACAACUAAUGAUCCUGAAGGGAGCACCACAAGUGAAGACGACACAACUGUUACAACCGAGACGACCACCGAAAAACCUGAGGAUGAUACUACGGUAGAAGAUUCAACACCGAUUCCUGAGGAAUCUACCACUGUCGCCCAGGACACAACUAAUGAUCCUGAAGGGAGCACCACGAGUGAAGACGACACAACUGUUACAAUCGAGACGACUACCGAAAAAACUGAGGAUGAUACUACGGUAGAAGAUUCAACACCGAUUCCUGAGGAAUCUACCACUGUCCCCCAGGACACAACUAAUCAUCCUGAAGGGAGCACCACAAGUGAAGACGACACAACUGUUACAAUCGAGACGACCACCGAGAAUCCUGAGGAUGAUACUACGGUAGAAGAUUCAACACCGAUUCCUGAGGAAUCUACCACUGUCCCCCAGGACACAACUAAUCAUCCUGAAGGGAGCACCACGAGUGAAGACGACACAACUGUUACAAUCGAGACGACCACCGAGAAUCCUGAGGAUGAUACAACGGUAGAAGAUUCAACACCGAUUCCCGAGGAAUCUACCACUGUCCCCCAGGACACAACUAAUGAUCCUAAAGGGAGCACCACGAGUGAAGACGACACAACUGUUACAAUCGAGACGACCACCGAAAAACCUGAGGAUGAUACUACAGUAGAAGAUUCAACACCGAUUCCUGAGGAAUCUACCACUGUCCCCCAGGACACAACUAAUGAUCCUAAAGGGAGCACCACGAGUGAAGACGACACAACUGUUACAAUCGAGACGACCACCGAAAAAACUGAGGAUGAUACUACAGUAGAAGAUUCAACACCGAUUCCUGAGGAAUCUACCACUGUCCCCCAGAACACAACUGAUGAUCCUAAAGGGAGCACCACGAGUGAAGACGACACAACUGUUACAACCGGGACGACUACCGAAAAACCUGAGGAUGAUACUACGGUAGAAGAUUCAACACCGAUUCCUGAGGAAUCUACCACUGUCCCCCAGGACACAACUAAUGAUCCUAAAGGGAGCACCACGAGUGAAGACGACACAACUGUUACAAUCGAGACGACCACCGAAAAACCUGAGGAUGAUACUACAGUAGAAGAUUCAACACCGAUUCCUGAGGAAUCUACCACUGUCCCCCAGAACACAACUGAUGAUCCUAAAGGGAGCACCACGAGUGAAGACGACACAACUGUUACAACCGGGACGACUACCGAAAAACCUGAGGAUGAUACUACGGUAGAAGAUUCAACACCGAUUCCUGAGGAAUCUACCACUGUCCCCCAGGACACAACUAAUGAUCCUAAAGGGAGCACCACGAGUGAAGACGACACAACUGUUACAAUCGAGACGACUACCGAAAAACCUGAGGAUGAUACUACAGGAGAAGAUUCAACACCGAUUCCUGAGGAAUCUACUACUGUCCCCCAGGACACAACUAAUGAUCCUGAAGGGAGCACCACAAGUGAAGACGACACAACUGUUACGAUCGAGACGACUACCGAAAAACCUGAGGAUGAUACUACAGGAGAAGAUUCAACACCGAUUCCUGAGGAAUCUACCACUGCCUCCCAGGACACAACUAAUGAUCCUAAAGGGAGCACCACGAGUGAAGACGACACAACUGUUACAAUCAAGACGACCACCGAAAAAACUGAGGUCGAUACUACGGUAGAAGAUUCAACACCGAUUCCUGAUGAAUCUUCCACUGUCCCCCAGGACACAACUAAUGAUCCUGAAGGGAGCACCACAAGUGAAGUCGACACAACUGUUACAACCGAGACGACCACCGAAGAACCUGAGGAUGAUACUACGGUAGAAGAUUCAACACCGAUUCCUGAGGAAUCUACCACUGUCCCCCAGGACACAACUAAUGAUCCUAAAGGGAGCACCACGAGUGAAGACGACACAACUGUUACAAUCGAGACGACUACCGAAAAACCUGAGGAUGAUACUACGGUAGAAGAUUCAACACCGAUUCCUGAGGAAUCUACCACUGUCCCCCAGGACACAACUAAUCAUCCUGAAGGGAGCACCACGAGUGAAGACGACACAACUGUUACAAUCGAGACGACCACCGAGAAUCCUGAGGAUGAUACAACGGUAGAAGAUUCAACACCGAUUCCUGAGGAAUCUACCACUGUCCCCCAGAACACAACUGAUGAUCCUAAAGGGAGCACCACGAGUGAAGACGACACAACUGUUACAAUCGAGACGCCCACCGAAAAACCUGAGGAUGAUACUACGGUAGAAGAUUCAACACCGAUUCCUGAGGAAUCUACCACUGUCCCCCAGGACACAACUAAUCAUCCUGAAGGGAGCACCACAAGUGAAGACGACACAACUGUUACAAUCGAGACGACCACCGAGAAUCCUGAGGAUGAUACUACGGUAGAAGAUUCAACACCGAUUCCUGAGGAAUCUACCACUGUCCCCCAGGACACAACUAAUCAUCCUGAAGGGAGCACCACGAGUGAAGACGACACAACUGUUACAAUCGAGACGACCACCGAGAAUCCUGAGGAUGAUACAACGGUAGAAGAUUCAACACCGAUUCCUGAGGAAUCUACCACUGUCCCCCAGAACACAACUGAUGAUCCUAAAGGGAGCACCACGAGUGAAGACGACACAACUGUUACAAUCGGGACGACUACCGAAAAACCUGAGGAUGAUACUACGGUAGAAGAUUCAACACCGAUUCCUGAGGAAUCUACCACUGUCCCCCAGGACACAACUAAUGAUCCUAAAGGGAGCACCACGAGUGAAGACGACACAACUGUUACAAUCGAGACGACUACCGAAAAACCUGAGGAUGAUACUACAGGAGAAGAUUCAACACCGAUUCCUGAGGAAUCUACUACUGUCCCCCAGGACACAACUAAUGAUCCUGAAGGGAGCACCACAAGUGAAGACGACACAACUGUUACAAUCGAGACGACCACCAAAAAUCCUGAGGAUGAUACUACGGUAGAAGAUUCAACACCGAUUCCUGAGGAAUCUACCACUGUCCCCCAGGACACAACUAAUCAUCCUGAAGGGAGCACCACAAGUGAAGACGACACAACUGUUACAAUCGAGACGACCACCGAAAAACCUGAGGAUGAUACUACGGUAGAAGAUUCAACACCGAUUCCUGAGGAAUCUACCACUGUCCCCCAGGACACAACUGAUUAUCCUGAAGGGAGCACCACGAGUGAAGACGACACAACUGUUACAAUCGAGACGACUACCGAAAAACCUGAGGAUGAUACUACAGGAGAAGAUUCAACACCGAUUCCUGAGGAAUCUACCACUGCCUCCCAGGACACAACUAAUGAUCCUAAAGGGAGCACCACGAGUGAAGACGACACAACUGUUACAAUCGAGACGACCACCGAAAAAACUGAGGUCGAUACUACGGUAGAAGAUUCAACACCGAUUCCUGAUGAAUCUUCCACUGUCCCCCAGGACACAACUAAUGAUCCUGAAGGGAGCACCACAAGUGAAGUCGACACAACUGUUACAACCGAGACGACCACCGAAGAACCUGAGGAUGAUACUACGGUAGAAGAUUCAACACCGAUUCCUGAGGAAUCUACCACUGUCCCCCAGGACACAACUAAUGAUCCUAAAGGGAGCACCACGAGUGAAGACGACACAACUGUUACAAUCGAGACGACUACCGAAAAACCUGAGGAUGAUACUACGGUAGAAGAUUCAACACCGAUUCCUGAUGAAUCUUCCACUGUCCCCCAGGACACAACUAAUGAUCCUGAAGGGAGCACCACAAGUGAAGUCGACACAACUGUUACAACCGAGACGACCACCGAAGAACCUGAGGAUGAUACUACAGGAGAAGAUUCAACACCGAUUCCUGAGGAAUCUACUACUGUCCCCCAGGACACAACUAAUGAUCCUGAAGGGAGCACCACAAGUGAAGACGACACAACUGUUACAAUCGAGACGACUACCGAAAAACCUGAGGAUGAUACUACAGGAGAAGAUUCAACACCGAUUCCUGAGGAAUCUACUACUGUCCCCCAGGACACAACUAAUGAUCCUGAAGGGAGCACCACAAGUGAAGACGACACAACUGUUACAAUCGAGACGACCACCAAAAAUCCUGAGGAUGAUACUACGGUAGAAGAUUCAACAACGAUUCCUGAGGAAUCUACCACUGUCCCCCAGGACACAACUAAUCAUCCUGAAGGGAGCACCACAAGUGAAGACGACACAACUGUUACAAUCGAGACGCCCACCGAAAAACCUGAGGAUGAUACUACGGUAGAAGAUUCAACACCGAUUCCUGAGGAAUCUACCACUGUCCCCCAGGACACAAGUGAUUAUCCUGAAGGGAGCACCACGAGUGAAGACGACACAACUGUUACAAUCGAGACGACUACCGAAAAACCUGAGGAUGAUACUACAGUAAAAGAUUCAACACCGAUUCCUGAGGAAUCUACCACUGUCCCCCAGGACACAACUAAUGAUCCUGAAGGGAGCACCACAAGUGAAGACGACACAACUGUUACAAUCGAGACGACUACCGAAACACCUGAGGAUGAUACUACAGUAGAAGAUUCAACACCGAUUCCUGAGGAAUCUACCACUGUCCCCCAGGACACAACUAAUGAUCCUGAAAGGAGCACCACAAGUGAAGACAACACAACUGUUACAACCGAGACGACCACCGAAAAACCUGAGGAUGAUACUACAGUAGAAGAUUCAACACCGAUUCCUGAGGAAUCUACCACUGUCUCCCAGGACACAACUAAUGAUCCUAAAGGGAGCACCACGAGUGAAGACGACACAACUGUUACAAUCGAGACGACCACCGAAAAAACUGAGGUCGAUACUACGGUAGAAGAUUCAACACCGAUUCCUGAUGAAUCUUCCACUGUCCCCCAGGACACAACUAAUGAUCCUGAAGGGAGCACCACAAGUGAAGACGACACAACUGUUACAAUCGAGACGACCACCAAAAAUCCUGAGGAUGAUACUACGGUAGAAGAUUCAACACCGAUUCCUGAGGAAUCUACCACUGUCCCCCAGGAAAACAGUACUGCAGGACCAGUUUCCACAAGUUCCACGCCAGUAUACGAUACUACGAGUAGUCCAAUUCCAUCUUCCUCAAGAUCUACAACCUUAGAACCCUCAUCAAGUUCAUCCCCUGACACCACAACUUCAAGUUUACCACCAUUUUCUUGUAGUACCGGGUAUCAAUAUUUACCCCACCCAACAAAUUGUCACAAAUAUAUUCACUGCAGCAACGGAAAUGAACUAAUAAUGGAGUGCCCAGCUAAUCUUUAUUGGGACUAUCACAAAUUUGUUUGCAGUGGAGACUCAGGUGUUUGCUACAACGACGAUGAAAAUUCCAACCCAGAGGAGAAGGUUUGCGGACCUGGAGUGGAUUUCCUUGCACAUCCAACGGACUGCACCAUGUAUUUGCAGUGUAGUAAUGGCGUGGCAUUGGAGCGCAGGUGUCCAGAUCCGCUGUAUUGGAACCCGGAGAUAAAGUCAUGUGAUUGGUCCAAUAAAUACUGCACAAAUCUUCGGGCGAGUCAAUCGAUUUCUUGCGCAGCGGGCAUGAAUUUUGACGUUUUUCAAAGCGAUUGCUCCCAAUACGUCAAGUGUUUUGGCUCGAGAGGUGUUGUAAUGAGCUGUAAUUCAGGACUUUACUGGAAUCCCGUUAGUCAAGCCUGCGAAAAGUCCAGGCGGUUCUGCACAUAAAAAAGCGGUGCAAAGGCAUUCUUCAUUGGACCCUCCAAACACCCAAGAAAUGAAUUAAAAAUAGGGCGAAUUAUAACAAAUUUAUUUAUACUGCGAAAUUUACCAAUCGAUUAAAUAAAGUUAGCAAAAUUAUUAAUAUAAUGAAAUAGAAACUCAAUGUUAAAUUCCUAUUGUUGUAUAUAAAAAGAACACAUUCAAUCGCA